UGUCCUGCGGAUGCGAAUGUGCGAUUCGCUUUCGUGACGCUUUGUAAUUUUUUAGUCGUUUGAGUAGAAUAAAUAGAAUUCUUUUUCUGUAAAAUUCUGAAUUGAUAUUUUGCUUCUACUCUACGGAAGGAUAAAGGUUUCAUACAUUGAACAAUGGAGGAUGGCGACUACGAUAACGAUGACGUUGGAGGAGACGAAUUCGACGACGUCGAAGAGGAUGAUAAUAUUGACGAGCUGAACCAGGAGGAAGAUGGAGAUAAUAUUGAACUCAUUACACCCGGUCAGGCAGGAGGGGGUGUGCCGAAAUCAAAGCGAAUCACAACCAAAUACAUGACCAAGUAUGAACGGGCACGUGUGCUAGGAACGCGCGCACUGCAGAUAGCGAUGUGUGCCCCUAUAAUGGUAGAAUUGGAAGGAGAAACAGAUCCUUUGCAGAUUGCUAUGAAGGAACUGAAACAACGUAAGAUACCAAUUAUUAUAAGACGAUAUUUGCCGGACGCUUCGUAUGAGGAUUGGAGUAUUGAUGAGCUGAUUAUUAUCGAUCACUAGAACCUAAGGUUAUAUUUUACGAGGAUUUAAUAAAUAAUUAUAUAUUCUGUAUUAAGAAAUUGGUUUAAGAAUGGCAUACAUCGGUAAUCCAUCUUUCUGCAGGUAAAAAUUUGCUUCCAAAGGCAAUUUAUUAAAACAGAAUUAAAAUAAUUAAACCAUCACUAAACUUAUGCCACUAGGGUUCUUAAUUUGUUAGCUCCAUGUGUAACCGCCAGUAUCUUUAGCAUAGAUAAACCGUUCC